AUGGCGGCCGCCACCGCAACAGCAGCCACGUUCGCCGUCACGAGGUCCGUCGCCUCCUCAUCCCCCAAACUCCGGCAGCUUUCCUCUCUCCUUUCCCCUCUCAAAAAACCCCUCUCCUUCUCCUCAUCCACCUCAUCCCUAACCCCUCUCCUUGCACGCCGCCUCCCGCAGCCGCUCAAAUACUCCACCGCCACCAAAAUAUCCGCUGCAAUAUCAGUCGGAGACAAGCUCCCCGACUCCACCCUCUCCUACUUCGACGCCUCCGACGAGCUCCAGACCGUCUCCGUCUCCGACCUCACCGCCGGCAAACGGACCAUCAUCUUCGCUGUCCCAGGCGCCUUCACCCCUACCUGCUCGCAGAAGCAUCUCCCGGGGUUCGUGGAGAUGGCCGCCGAGCUCAAGGCGAAGGGGAUCGACGCCAUCGCUUGCGUUUCCGUGAACGACGCCUUCGUGAUGAAGGCGUGGAAGCAGGAUCUGAAGAUCGGGGACGAGGUCAUGCUGCUGAGCGACGGCAAUGGAGAUUUCACCCGCGCGAUUGGUUGCGAGCUUGAUUUGAGCGAUAAGCCGGUGGGUUUGGGGGUUCGAUCGAGGAGGUACGCCAUGUACGUCGAGGAUGGGGUCGUGAAGAUCCUGAAUCUGGAAGAAGGAGGAGCUUUUAACGUUAGCAGUGCUGAGGAUAUGCUCAAGGCCAUUUGA